AUGUCAGAAACUACGCCCUUGUUACCUGAGAUCAUUGAAGAUCCUUCAACGGGAACUCCUGGCAUUGUUGCAAAUGAGUUGAUGCAAGAAGAACAGCUGACUAAAGUUUAUUCAAGCUCACGUUCAACAGGCUCUUUGGCCAGCAGUGAUGGUGAAUAUGCUGUUCCGUCUAAGCAGCUAUAUGUGAUUAUCUCUUCGCUGUUUAUGUGCUCCUAUUUGAGUGCUCUGGAUACUACUGUUGUGACUACGCUGUUAUCCACAAUUUCUAGUGAUCUGGAAGAAAUGGAUAGAAGUUCGUGGAUUGCAACUUCGUACCUACUGUCUUGUUGUGCCUUCCAACCCCUCUUUGGUAAGAUUAGUGACAUAUUUGGCCGUAAAGUAAUGAUUUUGUUGUGUAUAGGGUCAUUUGCCAUUGGCUGCCUGAUAUCUUCCUAUUCAUACUCAUUAUGGCCGUUGGUUAUUAGUCGAUACUUAGCUGGUAUUGGAGCCGGUGGGAUGUCUGUUUUGGGUACCGUGGCCAUGUCUGAUUUAAUCUCUUUGAGAAAGAGAGGAGUCUUCCAAGGUGGAGCUAAUAUUUUUUACGGUUUAGGUUCUGCUUCUGGUGGAGUCAUUGGGGGCUUGAUAGCCGAUAAUUGGGGAUGGAGAGCCGUAUUCUCCUUCCAAGUUCCAAUUGCUUUAUGCUGUGCAACUGCCAUUACAAUCUGCUUCCAUCUUCCUGAAGGUUCUCCCGGAAAUGGAUAUCCCAACAGUGACAUGUGGAAAAAGUUCCAGAGUAUUGAUUUUGCCGGUAGUAUUUUGCUAGCCACGUCUUUGACUGGGCUCGUCGCUGCUGCCGCUUUAGGGGGACAUGAACUACCAUAUGGCAGUGCUUCGUUCAUUUUAUUGGUUGUAAUCUCGCUAGGACUACUAGCUUGGUUUGCGUACAUCGAACUCCAUAGUGAGCAACCUGCUAUUCCAAUUGAACUACUAAACACCAGAACCGUAUUGUCAGCAUGUCUCGCCAAUUGGUUCUACUCAAUUUCAGUCUAUUCUUACAUGUAUUAUAUCCCAAUCUACUUCACAACUUCAAUGGACUUUUCACCAACAGACAAUGGGUUAAGAAUGAUUCCCAACUUCUUUGGAAUUGCAUUUGGAAGUGUUGGUUCUGGAAUUUAUAUGAGGAAAACUGGAAAGUACCUGAAAUUUAUCGCUGUGACAUGUUUACUCGGUGUUCUAGGGACGAUAAGAAUCUGUUUCAUCAACCCAGACAUUUCCUUAUUCACCCAAUUCACGUUGACUGUCGUGCCCGGGUUUGGAUACUCGUGCAUGUUGACAGUUACACUGUUAGCCCUUAUCGCCUCAGUACCAAUGGAAAAACAGGCUUCAACGACAUCGAUUCAAUACGCCUUUAGAUCUACAGGUUCAACAAUCGGUGUCUCGUUAGCCGCCGCCAUAUUCCGCCAUGGGUUAUCAACUACUCUUGGUAGAAACGUUUCCAACGCUCUACCAGAUACCGAAGACCCCAAAAUUAUUUCAGAGAUCCUCCAGCAGGCACUAAAAAGCACAGACUACAUCAAAGAGGCUCCCAAAUGGGCCAUAGAGGCCAUUCGAAGCAGUUACGAUUUUUCCUGCCACUUGGUCUUUUAUUUCUGUCUGAUCACAGUUACCAUGGGUUAUGUAAGUGUCAUGAUGAUGAGAGAGCACAAAUUGCACACAUCGGUGAACCGAGAAUAA